CAGCGACUCGGUUGUUGCAUGCCAGGGGCAUGCGCAGGUUUCUCUCAGCCUGGCCCGCCCCUUUCGCCGCACCGUAGUCGUCCCACCCCCGCGCUUUACGCCCUUACGUCAGCGGUAUGCGCGGCGCAGUGACGAAACUGGUUUAUAUUGGCGCGGCCUGGCGGCAGAGGUCCCUGCGGCGCGGUCCUCGGAGACACGCGGAGUUAACUUGUGUUGGCCAUGGCCGACUACCUGAUUAGCGGGGGCACGUCUUACGUGCCAGACGAUGGACUCACGGCACAGCAGCUCUUCAACUGCGGGGACGGUCUCACCUACAACGACUUUCUUAUUCUCCCUGGGUACAUCGACUUCACUGCAGACCAAGUGGACCUGACUUCUGCUCUGACCAAGAAGAUCACUCUGAAGACCCCAUUGGUUUCCUCUCCCAUGGACACAGUCACAGAGGCUGGAAUGGCCAUAGCAAUGGCCCUUACAGGCGGUAUUGGCUUCAUCCACCACAAUUGUACACCUGAAUUCCAGGCCAAUGAAGUUCGGAAAGUGAAGAAAUAUGAGCAGGGAUUCAUCACAGAUCCUGUGGUCCUCAGCCCCAAGGAUCGUGUGCGGGAUGUUUUUGAGGCCAAGGCCCGGCAUGGUUUCUGUGGUAUCCCAAUCACAGACACAGGCCGGAUGGGGAGCCGCUUGGUGGGCAUCAUCUCUUCAAGGGACAUUGAUUUUCUCAAGGAGGAAGAGCACAACUGCUUUUUGGAAGAGAUCAUGACAAAGAGGGAGGACCUGGUGGUUGCCCCUGCAGGCAUCACGCUGAAGGAAGCAAAUGAAAUACUGCAGCGCAGCAAGAAAGGAAAGCUGCCCAUUGUGAAUGAAGAUGAUGAGCUGGUAGCCAUCAUUGCCCGGACAGACUUGAAGAAGAACCGAGAUUACCCACUGGCAUCCAAAGAUGCUAAGAAGCAGCUGCUGUGUGGGGCAGCCAUCGGGACUCAUGAGGAUGACAAGUAUAGGCUGGACUUGCUCACCCAGGCUGGUGUGGAUGUAGUGGUUUUGGAUUCUUCCCAGGGAAAUUCCAUCUUCCAGAUUAAUAUGAUCAAGUACAUGAAAGAGAAAUACCCUAAUCUGCAAGUCAUUGGAGGCAAUGUGGUCACUGCUGCCCAGGCCAAGAACCUCAUUGAUGCAGGUGUGGAUGCCCUACGAGUGGGCAUGGGAAGUGGCUCCAUCUGUAUCACCCAAGAAGCGGCUCCCAAGAUCCCUCCAGACAUAAAGUCCCACAGCCCCAAAUGCCCUUCUACUGUCACGGGCUGCUAUAUGUUAGCCUGUGGGCGGCCCCAAGCAACAGCAGUGUACAAAGUGUCAGAGUAUGCACGGCGGUUUGGUGUUCCUGUCAUUGCUGAUGGAGGAAUCCAAAAUGUGGGCCAUAUUGCCAAAGCCUUGGCCCUUGGGGCCUCCACAGUCAUGAUGGGGUCCCUCCUGGCUGCUACCACCGAGGCCCCUGGUGAGUACUUCUUCUCUGAUGGGAUCCGGCUAAAGAAAUAUCGUGGUAUGGGUUCUCUUGAUGCCAUGGAUAAGCAUCUCAGCAGCCAGAACCGGUAUUUCAGUGAAGCUGACAAAAUUAAAGUGGCCCAGGGGGUGUCUGGGGCUAUACAGGACAAAGGGUCCAUCCACAAAUUUGUCCCCUACCUGAUUGCUGGCAUCCAGCACUCCUGUCAGGACAUUGGUGCCAAGAGCUUGACCCAAGUCCGAGCCAUGAUGUAUUCUGGGGAGCUUAAGUUUGAGAAGAGAACAUCCUCAGCUCAGGUGGAAGGUGGUGUCCACAGUCUCCAUUCGUAUGAGAAGCGGCUUUUCUGAAAAGGGAUCCAGCAUGUCCCCUUGGUUUUUUUCAAUAAAAGUUUUAAAAAAGAGAUGCCUGAUCUUUGAGGUCAUUAGCCAGGUGGGAUUCUGCAGCUGCCACCACCACACAAAUGCACACAAACACAGGAUCCUCAUUUCCAAAGGGAGCAGGCACCUGAGACAAAAGUGAUC